AUGAGAAGAUUGUUCCCGCCUUCCUUCAUAACAUCUAAAGACCUAAAGGUUCUUGCGAUGCGAAGCGUAUUGUGUCUUCUGACCCUGGAAGACUACCAAGCAUUCUUGGACCACUGUGUCUUUCAAACCCCUCAAUAUCUUUCUUCUUUACAUCAUUUCAUUGUUGCCCCAUACCCUUUGUCAAAAAAUACGCCUUUCCGCGUGGCGCUCCUAAUCAAAGAGAAGUCGUAUCAUUUUACCACACAUCGAGAAGAGGGCAGCGCUACCUCCAGUGAACAUGUCAAAGAUCAGGAACCAACUACGGGCGUCGAUUCUGAAAUGAAGAUUCACGUUUCACCCGCAACCUGCACUCGAUCCCCGCACAGCCCACGAUCUCUCCACGAGGUUCUGUCACAAUCAGCCUCGCACAAGAACAUGAUAACCUAUCAUGUCCAAAUCCGGAAAGGCCCACUUUCGGAUUGGUAUCCGACGUUCGACUUACGUACUUGCCAAACCUCAACGCUGAGCGCGAGUAUUGUAACCUCCCUCCUGCGUGCCGGAAGAUGUUGGAGGUAUUUUGACCUUCAAACAAUUUGA